AUGAUGGCGUCAGUGUGGAUGGCGAACCGUAACCUUAUGGAAUGCGCCGGAGUCUGUGGGUGCCCGGUGUCGAACCGCUUCUACCCCCUCGACAAACGUCUGGAGCUGCUACUCCCCCCGGCGAGGACUGAUCCACCCGCCACCACCCUCUGUCGGUCUGCUCACCUGGUUCUUUCAAAGAGCCAGGGGACUGGGCAGAUCCCAACUACCGACCUGGCCGACAACCGUCCCUACCAUCCCUUCGCCUCCGACCACCCCGUACAUUCUCUUCCCCUCGAUCCUACUGCCAUCCCCGCCCGCAGUCCCGAACGUCCCCCAUCCUCGUCCGAGUACCGAACCACGACUGCUACCUCCCAACCCUCGACCGGUCGAACCGCCCGUCCGGUAAAUACCCGACGCCGUGCUCUCCGAUCGAGCAGCAGCUCUGAGGAGUCUCUAGUUACGCGGACGGCCGGCGCCGGCAUUCGUGCAGAAGACGGGGCACGUGAAGCUGUGUCUCAAGACGACCCGAACCUCCAGCCCGGCCGAGCUGACGGCCGCUCUCCAUCCCGCAAGCGCAGGCGCCUGGCAACCAUGCGCGCCGACGGGCUAUCGACAACAAAUGGCUUUUCCCAGGCGUCCAACGGAUCGACCCCGAGAAAAGCCAGCCUGAAUCCUCAACUGACUGCGGCUAAUGGACAGUCACAUACAAAUGGCGCCGGGAAAGCCCUGGCAAGUUCGUCGUACUAUGGCCAUAACCGGGAGGAGGUGACGCGAAUAUUAAUUCAAAGCUUGUACGAGCUUGGCUACAACAGCGCGGCCUCGACGUUAAGCUCCGAGAGUGGUUACCAGCUGGAGACGUCGGGUGUUGCAGCCUUCCGGAGCGCCGUAUUAGGCGGACGAUGGUCAGAAGCGGAGAGGAUUCUCAUCCAGUCUUUCCGGAAUGCGGGAUCGAAUAAUGGGCAGAAGGGUUCUCACGAGGACACCCUGGUAUUGGCGGAGGGUGCGGACAGGAGUGAAAUGCUAUUCUACCUCCGCCAACAGAAAUUCUUGGAGCUGCUCGAAGCACGAGAUUUAGGUUCGGCUCUCUUGGUUCUCCGGCAAGAACUCACGCCAUUAAACUAUGACGUCGAUCGGCUCCAUGCUCUUUCCAGUCUUCUCAUGUGCCCGACGGAGUUGCUCCAUGAACAGGCAGGAUGGGAUGGCCCGGUCACCUCUUCCCGAGAACGGCUCCUGGCCGACCUAUCAAAAUCCAUAUCCCCCUCGGUUAUGAUUCCUCAGCAUCGUCUUGCAAUCUUAUUAGACUAUGUGAAGCGGGGUCAGAUCAGCAACUGCCUAUACCAUAACACUGCCGAUUCGCCAUCGCUCUACUCUGACCACAUGUGCGAGCGAAGCGACUUCCCGCUGGACGUCAGCGCCAACCUCAAUCAGCACAACGAUGAGGUCUGGCACUGCGGGUUUUCUCACGACGGAACCAAAUUGGUUACUGCAGGCCAGGACCGCUCCGUGCUGAUCUACGACACAAGUUCCUUCACCGUGAUCCAUAAAUUGAACGGGCAUUCCGAUGGAGUUGCUUUCGCCAGCUGGAGCCCGGAUGACUCCAAGCUCAUCACUUGUUCUCGAGACAGAACAGCCCGCGUAUGGAACAUCGAGACUGGCCGCUGUCUCUUGACAAUCGACCAUUACUGCCAACCAGUCACUGCUGCUGGCUGGGCCCCCGACAGCGAGUCGUUCGUGACCUCUUCGUUUGACCCCAGCUCCGCGCUCUGUCAUUGGAGUAUGCGUGGAUCGCCCUUGUAUACGUGGAAAGGAGGAUUCCGUACACAAGAUUGCGCAGUCAGCCCCGAUGGCCGACGGCUUGUGGCAGUAGACACUGCUUGCAAACUACACGUAUUCGACUUCCGCACCUACGAAGAAGACUACUGUCUCUCUUUUCCAAGCAUACCGACAUCCGUCGUGAUCAGCCGUGACUCGAAGCAUAUGCUGGUCAAUCUGACCGAGGGAGAAAUCCAACUGAUUGACAUGGAAACUACUGCUGUUGUUCGGCGGUUCCGGGGCUACAAGCAGGGCAACUAUGUAAUCCGGAGUGUCUUUGGCGGGGCAGCCGAGAACUUUGUUGUCAGUGGCAGUGAAGAUUCUCGAAUCUAUAUCUGGCACAAGGAGAAUGGGACACUUGUAGAAACCUUGGAGGCUCACACCAAGGGCUGUGUGAACUCAAUAUCGUGGAGUCCAACAGACCCGGGCCUGUUCGUCUCGGCUGGCGAUGAUAAAACUGUGCGCAUGUAA